AUGGCUUCUCUCGGCUCAUCUCUUAGCGGCAAAGUCGCCAUUAUCACCGGAGCCUCCAAAGGCAUCGGCAAAGCGUCGGCGCUGGCCCUCGCCCGCCUCGGUGCCACGGUGGUCAUCAACUACUCGUCCGACGAGAAGGCGGCCAACCAGGCGCUCGCCGAGGUGCAAGGCCUCAACAGCGGCGAGGCCCGUCUCAUACGCGCCGAUGUGAGUACCAUCGACGGCGUACAGUCGCUCGUCAAGCAAACCGUCGAGGCGUACUCGAAAGUCGACAUCCUGGUGCCCAACGCCGGUGUUCUGGCGAUGAAGGAUCUUGAGCACACGACCGAGGCCGACUUCGACCGUACCUUUGCCUUGAACGUGAAGGGUCCUUACUUUUUGGCCCAGGCUGCCGCUCCGCACAUGGCCCCAGGCUCGCACAUCAUUUUCUUAUCAACCACAUUGUGUACCGCCUCCACCGUUAUGCCAGGGUACCUGCUCUACAAUAGCACCAAGGGAGCUAUCGAGCAGAUGACGCGCGUUAUGAAUAAGGACCUCGGCCGCAAAGGCAUCUUUGUUAAUGCUGUCGCCCCAGGCCCCACAGGCACGGAGCUCUUCUACCAGGGCAAGAGCGAGGAGCUGCUUAAGACCAUCGCUAGCUGGAACCCCCAGGGACGUAUCGGAGAACCCGAAGAAGUGGCUGAAGUCAUUGCUUUCUUAGCUACCUCGUCUUGGGUGUCGGGCCAAGUGGUGCGCGUUAAUGGGGGUAUGGCAUGA